CUAUAAUUCCCAUUGCGCACAAGCGUCCGUUCACACUACCAGAUCAUGGUUGUAUCCUUCGCGCCAAAGAAAGAUAAUCCUUCCCUGGAGCUCCGAGACCGUUGGAUCAUCCACUGCACAGAUCUGAAAGCGAUUAGUGAAUAAUCCAACGGUCCCCGGGCUCGAGGGAAUCCGUUUCCUUUCGUGCGAAAGAUAUAUACCACGAUCCUCAGAAUAUAUAAUAACCACACCCCAUUGUUAUCGCCAUAACUUAAAGAGGAGUUGGUAGUAGAAGGGGAAGGCAUGGCGAAGGGUGAGAAACGGGAAGGAGAUCUUGCGAAACUAAUCUUCUCUUGGUCUCUCGAAGACGUCUUCAACCAAGAUCUCUUCAAAGACGAGGUGGUGAAGAUACCCAGUACAUUCACUUCUUUGAAGAACUACUUGAGUUCAUACACUUUUCCUUUGAUUGAAGAAAUACGUGCCGACAUGUAUUCUAGCUUGGAAGCUUUAUCCCAAGUACCUUCUGUCAAAAUAUUGUCACUUGACAGUACUAAGAGACAUAAGCAAUGUACAUAUCAGAUUAUCGUUGGUGAUGCUCCUGCAAAUGUUCCAUCUCCUGGUGUCAAUAGAAACUACAUUCCAAACAAGGGUGAUAUAUUUGUCUUGUCAGAUAGGAGACCUGUUCACGUUUCUGAUCUUACUGGAAAUGGGAAAUCAUAUCGUAUUGCCUUAAUUAUUAGGGGUGGAAAAUACGAUGACCUACCACCUAAUACGUUUGUAAUUAGAGCAUCAAGCAGCAUAGAAGUUUCAGAAUAUAGAAAACAGAACGAGAAAAGAAGUCCAUUUUGUGCUGUUUACUUGUUAAACAUCACAACAUACCGUCAUAUUUGGAAGGCACUGGACUUUAAGUUGUCUGUUCUUUGAAAUCUGAACCUUGUCAAGAAGAUUUUCAAUUUUGAUCCAUCGGCUACCAGAUGUGAUGAUAUCUCUUUGUCUGAAGCAUCCAGAUACAUCCAUGACAGAAACAUACAGAACAAUUUGUCUGCAUUGAAGCUCAACAAAUCGCAAACUAAUGCAAUAUUAUCUUGUAUUUC